AUGAUACCACAAUAUCAUCAACAACUACAAAAUUAUCCUGAUCAAUUACAUGUGAAUGAUAAAAAUCAAUUAUUUCAACAAAAUAAUCAACAAAAAGAACAACAUACAUUACAAGAGUCACAAUUACAGCAAAAAUUACAAAUAGAACAACAACAACAACGAUUAUUAAACGAACAUUUACAACGGCAACAACAAAAACAACAAUUUCAAAUAACACAACUGCCAUAUCAUACAAUAAAAUCACAAAAUUCUGAUGUAAUUUUAACUAUUCAACCGUUAAGAAAUGCAGCUUCAACCAGUAAUUUAUAUUCAACAACUAAACCAAAACCAGUUACAAGGAAUUCAUUUUCAAACAAUAAUCAAAAUUUAUUAGGUAUUAAUAUGCUUGGUAAUACUUCAACUAUCGGUAAUCGUAGUGAAUUAUUACUAAGCUCACAACGUCAUCAACGUGAUUUGUUUAGCGGUGAAUUAGGUAUACCGGAAAUAAAAACUCAUGUUGGAAGCGUUGUUCAUACAUUCGAAACAAUGGGAAUGUUACAAGAUCGAAUUAAUAAAUCAAAAUUAGAACCAAUUUUAAUUGGUCAAUCAGAUAAAAAUCCUUUUAAUGAUAAUGAGGAAUCAUUCAAUUUGACUCCCGAGGAUCAAACAAAAAAUUAUUCUAGAAAUACUGUGGUAGGAAGAAUUAUGGAACAAUCAGAUAAUUCAAUAAAAAAUUCUCAACCAGUUAGAAAAAAGAAACGUAGUUAUAAGAGUUGUCCACCUCCACCGCCACCUGUUGAUCGAAAUAUUGAACAAUUAAAAGCAAAGGACAGAGAAACUGAAACCAAAGAAAUAUCUACAAAUCAAUAUGAAUAUCAUCACGCUCAGCACCAUAAUUCAACAACCGACAACAUAGAAGAUGAAGUUGUUAACAAAGCAUUUAAAGAUAUUUUUAUCAGUUAUGGUGACGGUGAUGAAUUAGAUGACGAAAAUAGUUUUGAUGAAAUUUAUCAACACAACACAAUGCCAAUAACUUCACAAAAUCAAGAAAAACUGAUCAUGAAACAGAAAAAAUAA